UCCUCUUCAGCAAUCAUUGCCAGUCAUUAGCUCCUCAGGAAGGAAUGAAGUUUCAUCUAUCCAAUAUAGAAAACUGAACAGUUCAGACCAGUUGUUUCCUGUGCUAUGGUGAAGUUGCUGCUCCAGGGAGAUGAUGAACUGAGAGCUUUGGCGAUCUGGGGAACCACAACAUGAAGGCAGUGACUUAUGAUAAUGUGCAUAUCAACUUCACUGAGGAAGAGUGGAAUUUGCUGGAUUCUUCCCAGAAGAAUCUCUACAAAGAUGUGAUGCUGGAGACCUACAGGAACCUCACUACUAUAGGAUACAUUUGGGAAGAACAUAAUAGUAAAGAACAUUGUCAACUUUCUAGAAGACAUGAAAGGAUUGAAAGAAAUAAUUCUGGAAAGAAACUUUCAGUGACUUCUCAAUGUGUUAAAGCCUUGGCAUAUGACAGCUUCAGAGGAAUAAAAGAACACAUGAUAUUGAGAAUCCCUUAAAAAAAAACUGAACA